GCCUAUUGGCGCCCUCGCACACGUCGGCGCGCGCGCCCGGAAGUUCCGCGGAGAAAGAGGCACCGGUGUUGAGGAGAGGUUCGGGCGUGAAGGGGACUGGGCGACACCGGACGAGGCAACUCGCGCGCGGUACUCUGCCGCGGAGCCGCCCGGCCCCAGGAUGUCGUACAUGCUCCCGCACCUCCACAACGGCUGGCAGGUGGAUCAGGCCAUCCUCUCGGAGGAAGACCGAGUUGUGGUCAUUCGGUUCGGACACGACUGGGACCCUACCUGCAUGAAGAUGGACGAGGUUCUGUACAGCAUAGCUGAAAAGGUUAAAAAUUUUGCAGUUAUUUAUCUUGUGGAUAUUACCGAAGUACCCGACUUCAACAAAAUGUACGAGUUAUAUGAUCCAUGUACUGUCAUGUUUUUCUUCAGGAAUAAACACAUCAUGAUUGACUUGGGCACUGGCAACAACAACAAGAUUAAUUGGGCCAUGGAAGAUAAGCAAGAAAUGGUUGACAUAAUAGAAACUGUAUAUCGUGGUGCCCGCAAAGGCCGGGGCCUGGUGGUGUCUCCCAAGGACUAUUCUACAAAAUACAGAUACUGAGGUGCUCUCGUCACAGUCUGUACAUAUAAAUGCUGUGGAGUCAUUUUCAUGAGGGAAUAAUUUCAACUGUGUAAAGCCUUUGCAAAAUUACAUGGAUCUCAGGGACUGAAGGGUCCUUGAGUAAGGGUUGCACGCCUUAACUAAUUGAAGCAAAUAAACACACAGUGAAGGAAUAGUCACAGUUGUUAAGAAAUUGUAUGGAUGAUAGAUUUUGACAGUCAACAUUAUUUCCUUUACUUCUGGAGUAAAGGUGUUUGUCCUGUGUGGAUGCUAAGUUUUGCAUGCUUGGCUUAGUUCUCUGGUAAUGAGAUGAAAGGACCACAAACUAAAUGACCUCAAUGACAGAAAUUUAUGAUUUCAUAGUUCCAGAGGCAGGAAAUCCAAAAAAUUGUUGGUGGGGUUAAUUCUGUCCAAGAUCGUAGAGUAAAAUCUAUCCCUAAACUCUCCUGGGUUCUAGGGGUUGCUGGAGAUUGCUGGAAGUCCAUGGCUGUUUGUAGAUGCUUCACCUCAGUCUCUGCCUCUGUCUGCACUGGUGGUUUCCUGGGUGCUGUGUGUGUCUCUGUGUCUAUGUGUCUGUGUCUGUCUCCACAUUUCCUCUUUUUAUAAGGACACCUCUUACCAGGUGAGCGGUAGAGUGGUUAGAGCUUCCCUGUCACCUCUUGGUGCACAUCUUUUCUCUGUUAGGAUAGUGAAUGCAGUGGGGUGCACAGUAUCUCAGCACAUUCAGAGCAGGCUUCAGAGCUGUUCGCCACCAGCUGACCCUGGGUAGUCACUUCAUUGUUACUGUUUCUCACGUGAAAGGGGAGAGUUUCAUCUACCUUGUGCACACGUUGAUACACGGGCAGCACUGGGCCCCUCCUGCUAGACAUCUGGUGGAGUGAAAGUGCUCACUGCUAUUAUAGUGGUCCAUUGUUAAGAUACAAGUGAACUUGCAAAAGAGUAAAAUGUUUCUUACACAUAUGAGUGCAUUUUAAAUGGAUUUAAAAUUCAUAGCAGCACCCAGCAUACAGGAAGCCCUUUCAGUUCAAUCCCCAGCCCUGAAAAAAAAGCAAAUCUAUAAACAUUAAUUUUGCCAUUUAUGAAAUAGGUAGAAUAAAGCCAUAUGACAGUGGAAGAGCCUGGUGACAAAAAAAAAAAAUGUGCACCUCUUACAUGCCUGACAUUUCUGUGAAGAAGGGAAAACAGACAGGUGGAAAGCACAUGCACAGAUGCCCAGCAUCACAGUUUAUGCAGGAGAUUUAGUCAGAACCAUGCUAAGGCACCAUGAGGAUGCUAGAUUCAGACCAGCAAGGACUGGUGAAGAUGUGAAAAGACUGGCGAUCUUAUAAACUGCUAGCAGAGAUCCAAAGUGAUAUGGCCACUGUGAAAGGCAAGUUGUCCUAAAAUAAAAUAAACAUGGUGUUGCCACUCAAUCUAGCCAUACAAUCCCUAGGUAUCUACCCAAGAGACCUGAACAAAAGCCCACAGAGAAACCACAAAAUGGUAUUCACAGUAGCCCCAGUGUGGAAACCUAAACUUCUGUCAGUGGAUGACUGGAUAACAGAAUGUGCUAUGUCCAUACAGUAAAAUAUUCUGUCCUUUAAAACAUGAAGUGCUGAUUUAUACAACAAUAUGGACGAACCUGGAAAGUGCGACUGAGGCCAGGCACUGCAUAGUGUGUGGUCCUGUGAAUACAAAAUAUGCCCAACAGCCAAGCUCAUGCAGUCUAUUCAUUGGUGGUAGCUUAAUCCUGGGAGGGGUAGGAGUAAUGGGAAGGGAAUAGCAAAUGGGGGCAGGGUUUCUUUUGAGGCGGAUAAAUGUCUGCUAAAAUUGUGAUGGUUGUGUAACAUAGAACUGUUUUGUUUUGUUUUGUUCUGAGACAGAGUCUUGCUAUGUAGUUCUGGCCUUCAGCUCACU